CAACGCAGGUCCAAGGGCAGUCUCCCGCCUGGGCCACGUCGGCUUCCUAUCAUUGGUAGUCUCCUGGAAAUGCCGAGCGAUCAUGAAUGGCUGGUAUAUGAGCGAUGGGCGGAAGAAAAAGGCAGUGACCUCAUUCACUUCGAUGUUCUGGGUACAGAUAUAGUCGUAUUGAGAUCACUGAAGGCUGCCAGCGAGCUGUUGGAUAAGAGGUCUUCCAUAUACUCUGACAGGCCUUUUACCCCUGCCUUGUCCGUUCUUCUUGGAUUUGACUGGGUCUUGGCAUCGUUUCCUUACGGAGAGAAGUUUAGAGCAAUGCGAAAAGCAUUCCAUACUUCCUUCCAGCCUUCGGUGGUGAAAGAUUAUUAUCCACUUCAUCGCAGAGCAGCUCAUCAGUUGCUGAAAAACAUUCUCAGCGCACCUGAUGAGACCCCACAACAUCUCCGAUAUAUGGCUGGAGGCGUCAUUCUAGACAUCGCGUAUGGUAUCAAGACCAAGCCUCGUGAUGAUCCAUACGUCGAGGCAGCAGAGCGGGCAUUGUCGGCUGUUACAACCGUUGUGUCUCCCUCCGCCCGUUUGUUCGAUAUGUUCCCGAUGCUGUUGUACAUGCCUUCGUGGGUUCCUGGAGCUGGUUAUAAGAAGACAGCGAAAUUUUUGCAAAAUUAUAGCCGAGAUAUCCUGGAGAAUCCGUUUCAAUUCACCAAAGAAGCUUUGGCGAACGGAACGGCCUCCCCUUCCAUUGCUACUACAAUGCUGAGCCAGCUCGGCAAGAAUUCGUCUCAGGAAGACGAGCUUCUCGCCAAACAGCUUACGGCCAACGUGUACAUUGCAGGUGCUGAUACGACCGUAUGCGCCAUCCAGAACUUUCUCCUCGCCAUGAUGCUCUAUCCCGACACACAGCGGAGAGCGCAGACUGAGCUUGACUCCGUCAUCGGAUGUGACCGGCUUCCUGACCUUUCCAACAUAGACGCGUUGCCAUAUGUUAACGCUUUGGUGUUGGAAGUAUUGAGGCGAGUAGCUUUUCGCGUUGCAUGGGGUGUAGUGGCCCCUCUAGGGUUUCCUCAUCGCUUGAUGGUAAACGAUUCUUACGAAGGGUAUUUUUUGCCCAGGGGAAGUUUAUUUAUAGGGAAUAUCUGGGCUAUGUUGCACGACAAGUCGGUAUACGGGGUCGACGCGCAAGAUUUCAACCCACAGCGUUUUCUCGAUCACGAUUUGCCUGAACCCGACGUCGUUUGGGGCUUUGGAAGGCGAGUUUGUCCAGGAAGGCACAUGGCACGCGAUUCUGUGUGGCUAGCAAUCGCGUCCAUUCUGGCAACAUUCAACAUCAACAAGGCCUUGGACGAGAAAGGGGAGGAGAUAGAGGUCGUUGAUGACCAUAUCUCUGGGAUCGUAGCAUAUCCCGUACCGUUCAAGUCUGAGAUCACGCCCCGUUCAGCCGAUUCUGUGAUGUUGAUCCAGUCGACUGAAAUAUACGAUUAG